GCUUUAGCCUCAGAUGACUUUGUGUUGAUUCUCCACCCAGGUAAUAGGACGAUUAAAGGCGCACGGACGCGCGUCGCUAUCGGGUUCAUCGCCUUAUCACUUAGUUUGAGUGGAGGUAAAUAGAGGUUUUGAGGCUUGCCAAGAAGUGUGAUGUAAAGCUGGAUAGUUCUCUACUCUGGUGAUAACUGGGGCUCCCAGGAAUUCACUGUAGUUUAUGUGCGCCAAGGGAGAACCAGAGAAGCAGACGCAUAGGAUUGGACGCACUUGAACUCUUUCGCAUUACGAUCUAUCAGCAAGUGCAUAAUAUGCUUUCUCUCAUAAUUUCUAAAGAUGUUGCGAUCGUUUUCGAAUGUUUCGCAGUUUUGGACUGUUUGCUGUGCUGCUGAUAGUAUUGGGGUGGAUCAGUCCAGGGCUGCCCUCUCCUUUGUGGCCCAUCUGUGACCUCCGCGCUCUCGACCACUUUGUCAAGAAGGCACAGGAGGCUGAGGCCGCCAUGAGGAGCUGUAAGGAAUGCAGCUUCACUACGCCAUUCACUGUCCCUCAGCCCAGCGUGGACUACAACGCCUGGAGAAAGAAGGAUUCAGAGCAGCAGGCCCUUGAGGUGCAAACAGGACUAUGGCUGUUGUCUCAGGCCCUGCUAUCCCUGAAGACCUCAGUCAGCAACACAGCACUACACUCCCACAUAGACAACAAUCUGGGCAACAUCGUCAGCAUCGGACAGGUGCUGCGCAGUCUCAGCUUCCCGGACUACACUCCCCCCGAGGCAGCUUCAGUCACCACGGACACGUGGCGCGUGACCUCGGCUUCUGCCCUCUUCCAGGUCCAGUUCAACUUCCUCCGAGGGAAGGUCCGGCUCCUGAUGUCCCACGCGCCUGUAUGCCAACAAGCUGUCAGCUGAUUGGGUGUCAGCCUGGACAGGGGUCUGUUGAUUGGAGCAGCCCUGUGUCAAAGGGGUGGUACGUGGGACCAAGGAGGCUGCUGGUUGGAGAGGACUAAGGGAGAUUUUAUCUGCUUAGGGUCAUGGACGGACAUUUUGUAACCAUGGGACAUAUGCCUCUAUGGUGUUAAGAGGGUGUCACAAGGGGAUGGAGGAGAUGACUGAAGCACUUUGUGUGCGUUUAAGACGUAAAAGGGAAUGCUGGAAUCCUGCCUCCUUAAGUGAAAUACAUGCUACAAUCCUUAGGUCUACUGAGCGGCCCGGUCUAACAUUUCACCUUUCAAACUUGUGUUAUGCUUUUCCUUGUGGAAAGAUGUGUUCAUCUGACAGGCUCAAACGCCAUUGGCUGCAACAGUUCUUCACUACAACAUAUGCACUGGAAUGCACUGUAUCAUUGUCAAUCAGACACAGCCAGCCUAUCCCCAGUUGGGAAGAUGAGACUGACAGCCAAUCAAAUCUCACCAGAUCCGGACUGUUCCUGUAGUUUGGAUGUUAAAUGAAUUGUACCAACAAUUCAUUGUAAAUUAAUUGAAUUGUUGUUUUGUUAUUUAUACAGAUGUAUAUUUCUAAUAGUCAAAAACAUAGAAAGGGUUUAAUGCGCCAUGCCUUUCUGUUGUAGUUUAAACUGUAGCACUUGUGUGCAUUGGUAGAUAUUGGAAAUAUUACUUGCUGCUACACACCUUGUGUGUCUGUGUGUGUGUGUGUGUGAGCGAGUGUGAGUGCGUGAGAGAGAGAGAGAGAAAGAGUGCGCAAGAUAGUGGAGCAUUAAGUGUGUGUAAACUCCCUGAGUGACCUCAACAGUGACGGCAGACAUUGGAGUGUCAUUGGGGGGGUCACCUCGGGUGAAGGAGGAAAGAAGAGAAUGCGUGAGAGAGGUCCAUGGAAAAUGUGUGUGAGAAGCAAGGGACUGAAUAAGUGUCAGUGUGUGAGAGAAAACGAGAGAGAGAGUGUGGUGGGGGGGGAGGGGGGUGGCAAGCAUGGAGGGUCUACGUGAGAAUAGCUUAACCUCUGCAUUGGUUAUCACUCGACAGGGCUAACUAAGGCAUGCAGGGAAGCGUCAGGGACACUGCUCAGCGGUGAUAGCACCAGGGCCUGAACAAAUACUGACUGGCUACUGACAUGCACAUCCUCACUCCUGCCUUACUCGCUCACUCACUUUGUGGUAUUUAUUUUUAAUUCAAUAUAAUUUUAUUCAUAGAGGUCCAAAACCAUUUAAAUUUGACUUUGUCAUUCACUUAGUGGUAUUUUUGUUUUUUCAAUUCAAUUUUACUCAUAGAGGUCCAAAACCAUUUCAGAGUUCUAAGAGCUUUAUAGAGCUCAGGAUCUUAUACCUUUUAGUAUUGAUCAUCUCUCUCUCUCAUAGCCUCUCUAUUUUGGAGUAGUAUUUUUAUAAUGAAUAUGUUUGUCCUGUUUUGAGCUUUGUGUGAAAACGGUUUAGUUUGCAUUGUUGAUUUUCCGUUGUUGUUGUUUUUUUCCUCGUCAUCAGUAUUGUUUUUGUAAGUGUCCAUCAGUCACCCAGAUGUUUGGAAGGAAGUUUGUAAAUGUCAUUUCCUCUUUGUAGUGUUGUUUGCUCUCUAAAUCACCAUGCCAUUUGGUAUUUAAAAGAAAAACAUUAUUCUUAGAUUAAAAGAAAAAUCCUGAAAACAUGCAGAGGAAA